AUGUGGGAAGAACGCUAAGAGAGCCAUCUAAAAAUGGGUGUUAAAACAUUCACUCAUAACUCCCCUGCUCACAGUCAGGAGAUGCUGGGGAAGCUGAACAUGCUCCGCAACGACGGCCACUUCUGCGACAUCACCAUCCGCGUGCAGGACAAGAUCUUCCGGGCACACAAGGUGGUUCUGGCAGCCUGCAGCGACUUCUUCCGCUCCAAACUCGUUGGCCAAGCAGAGGACGAGGGCAAGAGCGUGCUGGACCUGCACCACGUGACGGUGACGGGCUUCAUCCCGCUGCUGGAGUACGCGUACACGGCCACGCUGUCCAUCAACACCGAGAACAUCAUCGACGUGCUGGCCGCCGCCAGCUACAUGCAGAUGUUCAGCGUGGCCAGCACCUGCUCGGAGUUCAUGAAAUCCAGCAUUUUGUGGAACACACCCAACAGCCAGCAGGAGAAGGUGCUGGAUGCAGGACAGGAGAGCGGUGCAAACUGCAAUUUCACCUCGCGGGACGGCAGCCUGUCGCCGGUGUCCUCCGAGUGCAGCGUGGUGGAAAGAACCAUCCCCGUGUGCCGGGAGUCGCGCAGGAAGCGCAAAAGCUACAUUGUCAUGUCUCCUGAGAGCCCCCUCAAGUGCAACACACAAACCAGCUCCCCCCAAGUGCUCAAUCCUUCCACUUCCUACCCAGAGUCCAGAAAUCAGCCCGUGGACUCGUCCUUAGCCUUUCCCUGGACUUUUCCUUUUGGAAUUGAUCGAAGGCUUCAGUCAGAAAAGGUGAAGCAGGCGGAGAACUCUAGGACUUUGGAAAUGCCUGGGCCCUCCGAGUCCAGCAGGAGGAUGGCAGAUUAUGUGACUUGUGAGAGCACCAAGGGCAGCUCUCCCCUGGUGAUCGAGGAGGACGUGCGAGUCAAGGUGGAGAGGCUCAGUGACGAGGAGGUGCACGAGGAGGUGUCCCAGCCUGUGAGCGCNUCCCAGAGCUCCCUGAGCGACCAGCAGACGGUCCCAGGGAGUGAGCAAGUGCAGGAGGAUCUCCUGAUCAGCCCUCAGUCUUCAUCUAUAGUCUUCAUCUAUAGUCUGGAGAACGUUCAGUAUCCCUACCAACUCUACAUUGCUCCUUCCACCAGCAGCACAGAGAGGCCCAGCCCCAACGGUCCCGACAGACCCUUCCAGUGUCCCACGUGCGGGGUGCGCUUCACCCGCAUCCAGAACCUGAAACAACACAUGCUCAUCCACUCAGGCAUUAAACCCUUUCAGUGUGACCGCUGUGGGAAAAAGUUCACCCGCGCUUACUCGCUCAAGAUGCAUCGCCUGAAGCACGAAGGUAAACGCUGUUUCCGGUGCCAGAUAUGUAGUGCCACUUUCACUUCCUUCGGGGAAUAUAAACACCACAUGCGGGUUUCCCGGCACAUUAUCCGCAAGCCUCGGAUUUACGAGUGCAAAACAUGCGGCGCCAUGUUCACCAACUCUGGAAAUUUAAUCGUUCACCUGAGGAGCUUGAACCAUGAAGCGUCAGAGCUAGCAAACUACUUCCAGAGCAGUGACUUCCUAGUACCGGACUACUUAAACCAGGAACAAGAGGAGACCCUCGGGCAGUAUGAGCUAGGGGAGCAUGGCUUUGAGAGCAACUCUUCUGUCCAAAUGCCUGUCAUUUCACAGGUGUCAUCUACUCAGAAUUGUGAAAGCACUUUCCCCUUGGGGUCUCUGGGUGGGUUGGCAGAGAAGGAAGAAGAUGUGCCAGAGCAGCCAAAGACUAACACCACUGCUGAGGCAGCCGCGGGUGACCCUCCCAAACCGGAGCUGUCAUCUAUUACUAUCGAAUAAUUCAUGGUUUGGUUUCAUUUUUGUUCUUUGGAAAGUGCCUGUGUUUGGUCCUGUACAUUUUAAUUUAAUUUUUUUAAACGAAAAGUGGGGAGAUUUUCCCCUUUUUACUUUGUAAGCUACGCUUUAAACUGAAAACUGCGACAGAUGUUACGUUAUUUUUCAUGACUGAAUGGUCACUUCUGUGAAAAUAUUUAAGACUGAUUGCACAAAAAAAGAUCUUGUCAGAACAUCAUGGAAGCUGUGAUAUACUUCUAAAGAAGAACAACUGAUUCAGAUCACUUUAACUAUUCCUUCUUCCACAGUUAGAGCAGCUCAUUAAGUUUCUCUUGCUUCUGCAGGCCCUCUGGUUAAGGGAGAGAAAUCAGAGGAAACCUUUUUCAAAUGAUAAACAAAAGGAUGCAUUGGAAACCAUGAUUGAACAGUUUUGACUAGUUUUGCGUGGAUGCUUUAAUCUUCUGCAUAAAGAAGUGACACUUCCUAUAUGUGCCUGCUGUUUUUCAAAGCCCUUACUGUGCCCUGUGCUUGGAAAUGGUGAGUGGUUUUGAAAGGAGCAGUCACACACUUCUUCAAAACACACAUCCCUGUCCAGCCCAGAUGAAUGCCAGGUAUUCCUACUUCUUCUGUUCCAGUCCUUUUAGAAACUGCUUGAUCAAAUAGCCUAAACAGAUCAGGCCAGCUGAGGCUGGGCAUGCAAAGUCUAAAGGUGCCCCAGGAAUUGGGAAUGAUGGAGAAGUGUUCAGCCUGACAAACAUCUCCUGACUGUACCUGUCUGUAGAUGGGGAACCACAAAGGAAAAUGAAGGUUUUCCCAAACUGAAAUUCUUAAACCAUGGCCAGAUUAUUUGCAGUUCUGAUCAUUGCCCCCUCACAUACACACUGUGUUUUUACUAAUCUGAGAUUUAGCUAGAGGGAGUUUACAGAUUGGAAAAAAUAAGCUCUUUUGUGCAUUAUUGCACUUUUUUUUUUUUGUUUAUACAUAUGUAUGUAUAGUUUCAGAGAUUUUUACUAGCCUGCUUUGGAUAAAACAAGCAAUUUAUUCUCUCUAAGGAUAACUUUCUAACCAACAGGGGGCUGUUUACAAAAAGCCUAUAGAGCAAUGAUGAAUUGUUCCUGUUUCAAAACACUUUAAAUCCUUGCCAACUCGGUUUAUUAAAGGCCAUUACUCCAGCUACACACACAGCUCAAGCAAGCAAUAAACUGAAAUAUUUGCAAUUUCAUUUUUCCAUAUUUAGAAAAAGCUACAAAUGGAGGGUGUGGGAUUUUCAGAGCAGUGAGUCUUGUUUGGUCGAGGCUGUUUGGGCUCAAGUACUGCUUUGAAACCUAAAUUAGGAAGUACAUUAGGAGAUUUGUGAUUUUUCUUACAGCUUCUGAAGUUAACUCAGUGUUUGAUGCCAAAUGCCCACGGCCUACAGAUGAUGUGCUGAGUGAGUAGGUAUUGCUUGAUCUCAGUAUUCCAAAGGCAUGAUUUACUCCCUUAGUUUUGAGUCUUUUUUUUUUUGUAAAUUGCUAUUUUCUGUUAUUUUCCGGAUUUGUUUUCUGCAAACAUGAGGAGGAAAUGAAAGCAAUAGAGAAAGGUUGCUCCUGAAGAAACAGAAGACACAAAAGUCGUAUUAUAUUGCACAUCAAUUUGUAUUCAGUCAGCCUAGGCAGCUCUGAUACUCUCUGAGACUGAGUUCUUUCUAUUAAUAGCCAGCUUUUGUAAGGAAAAAAGUUUAUUGACCUUUGGAAAGUGUUUAAAGGGUUUCAGUGACUUCAGCAAUUUUUCUCUUUUUAGGUUAAACCCACAUAUUUUAGUUAAACAGAGUGAAAACAGUUGGGAUUUAAGUACUUUCCAGGUUGCUGGAAUGAGGUUUCUCCACCAGAUCCAAAGGGUGUUUUAGAAACAUGCUGCAAAGAACUUCUGUGCUGCAAUUCAGUCUUGAUUAUAUCUACCUUUGUGAGGCUUCUUAAAAGGGCUUGAAGGAGAAAUGCUUUUUCUGGGCUGGGAAAUAGCCCAGUGCCUGCUGAUGAGCUGAAUUUAGAGACCAGUUCCCUUCCACUUGUGAUUUCUCUGAGAAGCCAGUGAGACAAGACAAAGCCUUUUGCUGAGCUUUGUUCUGACCCAGAGGGCUGCAACACCGAGCUCAAACCCAGCGUUUUCGCUUUUUCCUGAAUGUUCCACAGGUAAAUGAGAGUCCUUUGUGAGUCAUGUUCUGAGCAGGGCUUCACCCAAACCACAUUUCCUGACUGCACAGAUGAAAUAAUCAAAGGUGGGCAGGGAUGAGGUGGAGGACACAAUCUGAUCAUUAAAAUCUGAUCAUUUUCAUCCCUGAACUAUUUUGCUAAAGAGUUCAUUGGUGAGAAGGUACAAAUACACCACAGACAUACCUGCAUAUUGGAUUUUUAAGACUUAAAAUUUUGAGUCAGAAGGCAAAUUGCUUUCAGAAUACCAAAGAGAAAGGGGAAAGUUACAAAGACUUUACAACUCUGAUCUGUUCUUCCUGGAAAAGAAAUAAGGAUCAUUAACACUGAGGUACAAGGCAAGGCCUGGGGUUCAUUGUUCAUUGCACCGUGUGUUACACAUUAUCUUUCCAGCCUCCUAAUUUCUGGGGAACAUCUUAAUUUAGUUCUCACUUUUCAAUCUGGUUCAACUGGAGGAAUAAUAGAGUUCUUGGAGGAUUUUGUUUGAUUGGUUUAGGGUUGAGUUUACUUGUUAAUUUUCCUGUCUGUAAUUGUUUCUUGUUAAUAUCUCUUUUGUCCAUAGAAAUGAAUACGGUUUAAAUGCAAACACCUUUUUAUUCCUCCUCUCUAAAACUUGUUGGAAGUGUUCAGUUCUUUGAAAUGCUGGUGUUCUCCACAAGAGAGAUGUAAAAACACAGGACAUCUUCAAACAAUUUCUGUUGCUCAUGUGCUUGGAUUCCAAACAGAGCAAGAGAGAGAACUAAAACAGAAAAAAACUUGCCUUAAACUACACUUGGGAUUAAACCUAAACCAUCCAUUUCUUUCAGCACAUUAUCAGAGGGGUUUGAAUUCUGGGAUGCAUUUUCUUAUUUCUUCUUCGCUUUUUUUCCCUCCCUCCCAAAACAAUCCAUUAUUUAGUGUGCAUUUCUGUGUCUGCUAGACAAGGGUCAGGGCUGAUGUGUUCAGCCCUCCUGCUGCAAGCAGAGUGAGCCCAGGUGGUGUCCCCACAGCUGGAGUUCAGUUGUCAGGCUCGCAGAGACCACGGCCAAGUCUCUCAUACUGAGAGAUCAGUAGACUCGGGUAUUGGAAAUGGUUCUGGCUUCACAUGGAUUCUGAGUCGAAAAGAUGUGAAUUUAAACUUUUUAAAAAAGUAAUAGCUGCCAAUGCAGUCAGAUAUAUUUUAUAAGACUAUGAUCCCUAUAUGUCCCCUGUGGGAUGGAGUUUUAUUGUUUUUAAGCUAUGGUUUAAGGUUUUAUAUGAGGGCUUCAGGCACUUCUUGGUCGCUGGUUCCACCCUGCAGCCCCGGGUGGGAGGGCUGAGGUGAGUGCUGGUCUCUCUCAGAGACAAACCAGGAAGCAUUUUAUAUGCAAAUCCAGCAGGAGCUUUGUGCACCCUGCAGGGAUGAGAGAAUUCAGAUGGAGGAGCACCUGCUGCUCCUCCAUCCAUUGCAACUUCCACACCAUCAGAAAAUGGCAAAUAGCUGAUUUUCAUUCAGGCCACUCACGUUCCAGUUUUGCUCACAAGGUGAAAUCCUGUUUUGGAGGGUUCUCAUCUCCAACUGUAGACAUAAUAAAUCCCAUAGCAUCGUGAUGAUGGCAGGUAAGAGGGUUCAAGACAGUACCUCACCACAUCCGAGGUACCUGGUAAAUAGAGUGGGUUCCAAGUAUUUGAGGAAAUGUACCACAAAAGAAACAAAUGUGAAUUUUUUUAGUGCAACAGUACUUACUGCUCUGGAUUUUCGUUCACUCCGUGUGCUAGCACAGUAACUCCGUGUCCCACAGCUCUCAGCUACAAAUCUGGUUGCACUAAAAAAAAAAAUGGAAUCUGGUGCUGCCAGCCUGUGUGGCAACUGUACCUACAGUCUUCCUGAGGGUUGCUGAAGUCCCCAGAAGAGUGAUUUUGUUUCACCAUUCAUUUAGCUGUGCAUGCUUUUGAUAUUCUGACCUGUAACCCUGGCUACACCGAGUCCUUGGACAGCUUCCUUGCUCUGCUCUGCAGUGCCUUCACUCGAGGUGCUGCCCAUGGUGAAACCCCAAAGAGGGAAAAGUGGAAGCUGGAGGGAAAAAAAAAUGUGAAUUAAAUUAUUGUUGGGCUUCUUUGUGCAUUUUAGUAACAGUGAAACCCCCUUAACUGUGCCAGUCUCCAGUCACCAGCCGUAUAUCAGUCAUCAUCUCAUCCUCAGUACAGCUUCUCUUGUUGAUGCUGGCCACAGCUAGAUUACUUGGCAUGUUUAUUGACCUAACAGAAUUGGUUUUGGGUUUUGGUUUUGUUUUUUAAUGUAUACGAUGUUUAAAUACACUUCACAUUUUAUAUAAUACUAUCUGGCUAUUAGUAUUUUUCAGGAACCAUAGUUCUUGGUGGCUAUAUAUAUUUUUGUGACUUUUUUUGUAAACUAAGUGCCGUUUCAACGUUACAAUCAUUUUUAGAGUUAUUGUAAUCAAUGUGAAUAUCAUGUUUUUUCAAAUCUGUUCUGAGCCUGUAGUGUUUGCUUUGUGAUCAUAUGUGUAAUGUAUAUAUUCUGUAUAGUUACAUUGUAUUGAAAUACUAGCUUGUUUGAUAUAAGAAAAGUAUGUAUUGGGUACCUUUUUGCUAGCCUGGUUGUUUAAUCUUUAAAAAAAAAGUUCCAAAAUACAAAAAAAAAAAAUCUCCAAACUGGUCCCAUUAUAGGUCAAAAUUAAGGGGGGAGAAAAAUUAGUUUUGAGUGUCUUUGGAUAGAAAUAUGAAGCUAAGAUUUUUCAUUAAAAUAUUAAUGUUUUAUGGAGUAUA